AUGAAAGCUUGGAGUUAUUUAUCUGAAUGGACGAGCUACGCUCUACCAAAGAACAUACAAAAACGAUUAUACAAGUUUGUACUGAGAAGGGCUAUUGGGCAGUUUCUGCAAAAUGAACUAGACCUGGAGAACUUUGACAUUGCAUUGAUGAACGGCAAUCUAGAGCUACGUGAUUUAGAUUUGAACCUACAGUUCAUCAACAAGCUGCUGGACGAUACUCCUUUUGUGUUGGAAAAGGGAAGUGUGUCCAGUAUCAGUGCUUCUAUACCUUGGGCAAAGCUGUUGACAGCUGAUAUUUCACUCAAGAUCCAAGGAUUACAGCUAUGUCUACGUCCAGUCAAGAACAAACCAAGAUCACACAAAGCUGAUCAGCCAUCUACACCCACUGAAGAGCCUAUACUCUCUUCUUCCUUGCAUUUCGCCGAUGACUUUUUGCGCACCGAAAUUGAAAAAGAGCAAGCUGAUGAAUUGCACAAAUCCAUCCAAGAUUCGUUUCAUGGAUCGACAACCACAUCAGCAACCACCAAUGACGAUAUCGACAUGGAAGGACUGCAAGUGUUGACCAAAGUCAUCGAUAAAAUGAUGUCUCGAGUCAAAAUAGAUAUUAUGGAUACGUUGAUACGCAUCAUUCAUCAAUCAGCUGUUCCUCUAGCAAAUGCACCUGACAAUGCAUAUCGCCUUGAUAUCUGUAUUCCGAGAAUUUCGUAUUUUGAUGAAACGCCAGAGUUCAAUGCCUCACCAUCCGCUACUGCGACCGCUACUGGAUCCACGCACUCGGGUCUCAUGGAGAGUUCCAUCUUGAUGCCCCCAGUGGCAAACGAAACCAUCAAGAUUAUUACAUUUGCCUCGCCAGAGAUUUGGCUUAGAUCAGCAGCUUCUACUGCAACUGCGACGUCGACCACAGGUAACACAGCAAGUGCAGGUCUGUAUUCAAUACCAACCAACAGUGAAACAACGAUCAAUCAAGAUGUACAGGAUACUGGGAGCAUCGAUGGCGAGGAUGGGGAUAGUGAUGAUAUGCUGAAUCAGACAGAGUUCUUUGAGGCAAACCAGGGCAACUCGAGUUUAUUCCAGAGUCGGUACAACAGAUCGUUCCAUCGGAAAAUGAGUGGAUCCAUUACACCAAAAGCCAACCUCAACAACUACAAGCCCUACGAAGCUUUGAUAUUUACAACAUUGGAUAAAAAGAACUGGGUCAGGCUCAAGCUGAGACCAUCCAUUGAUGGCGUGUCGUUUAUCUCAGUAAAGCAAAUCGACUGUUGGAUUACACACAUGAGAGCCAUCAUCUCACCACAGCAAGUGGCCUUUUUCAUGGAUCUAUUAGAUACAAUGACACCAUCGACUGUGGAUCAAGAAGAGCAAGACAUCAGAUCCAAAAAGCCAUUCACACCAAAACCGCCAUCCACCGCCAGCACCAAAACUACAGAGUUGAAUUUACUAGACGACUUGGAUACAUUCAACCAUACCAGCCCCGUGAUACCUCCUCCUUCUUCCUUUCCUAUGGCUACUAAUCCAUUGUCUCAGCCAUCUUUAUCCAGCGCCACGCCAUCCGCUAUACCAGAACGUAAGGUUAAAUUGCAAAUAUCACUCAUAGAGCUAUUCCUUCUGGGCAACGAUGAACCUGUGAGUCAAUGGUCCGAUCCAGCACACGACAAAAAUCACAUGCGAUUUGCUAUUCAACAACUGAAUCUACGGUUACAGCAAUUUCCAGCAGCAACAACAACAGCAGCGGCAGCAGCAGCAGUAAUAGUAGACCAACAACAAAAGCAGAAACUGCUCUCCAUCUUGGAAAUGCGUAUCGCCAAUGUCAUACUAGAUGAAUGGAUCGUUCGGCCUCCACAAGCCAAGAGCUCGCCGUUUGUCUCUUCAAGAUCACACACCAGGUACAACGUCUAUAAUCCCAUCUUUCAAUUUGAUAAUCGCAUCAAGCAAGAUUAUCGCUCAGAGGAGCAUUUUCCAGCCUACCUACCAAUACCAUCAGACCAAGUCAGCAGAUCAGCAGCACAGCAAUCUGAAGUAAUACGUAUUCGCAUUGAAAAGAAACAGAGCCGAGAAUCAGGAGGAGGGAGGUUUGCAGAAGAAGGCAUCUCAUUUGAGGAGGACAUUAGUGUGGAUAUACCUGCUUUCAAAUUGCAGAUUGAUCCAUGUAUCAUUGACAGGGUAGAAAACUACAUACACGCAAUUGACGCAUACAACAAGAGGAAGGAAUCAAACAAGAGGCAAGAUAGUCCGUUCACUUCACAGCGCAAGGCACAUGAAGAGCCUAGGCCCUCUGUGUUUGAUGACUUGCAGUCUCAGGAAAACAUCCAAAUGCGCAAAGUGCGUGUCAAGUGUGCAUUCAUUCGUAUCUUACUGUUUGCUCCUGAUAUGAGCCAAAUCAGCACUCGAGAGGAAUUCAACGAUCGUUUCCAUGACAGCCAAUUGAGCAUCGACAUCAAGACAUUGAUUGCCACAUGGAACUCCACCACGACAGUCAUUGACGAUGCACCGGACAGCCAAGAUCCUCAUCCCUAUCAUCGUCCAACGGCGAGCAAGAAUAGCAGAAGUAGCAGCAGCAACACUCACAUCCAUACAAGCAACAAUACCAACAGCAACAAGCUCAACAUUGAUCUCAACUAUGUCAAUGUAUUCAUGCAUCUCAAAAAUGAUGAAUUUGCACGAUGUUGGUUUACUGCAAAGACCAUGCAAGAAAGCAGCAAAAUCCUGACCACAGAUGGCACAGUAUCACCUUCCGUUGAAAUUACGAUUCAAGAAGCACAACCACUGUCUGCUGCUGAUACUGCUGCUGGUGCUGGCAAUCGAUCAGGGUUCUUUGGCUCGGGCGCCAACAUUGUCGAGACAUUGUUCCAGUUUCUGGAAAAGAAUGAAAGCUUUCAUAGCGAGCAAAAAGUGCACAUGCCUAUGGACGAGCAAGCAGAAUCUGCCUUGAUAUUCAAGCAGAGAACCAUUGAAACAUCGACAUUUGUCAUCAAUUGCCAUCUGCCUCAAGCAGACAUGAACUUGACAAAGCAAGUCUGGGAUACGGUGCAGAUCAUUCAAAAUGACCUGUUACUGUGGCAGCCGAGAUUCAUUACUAUGCAGCAACAACAGCAACAACAACAAGCGCAGAGUCUCGAUGAUGUGUCAUCUUUGCACUCGAUGGAUUAUCACAACUUUUUCUCUGAUGUCAAAUCUACCUCUAGUGUUAUGAGCCAAAGCUAUGAAAGAUUACGGCCACUCCAUUAUCAGCAGCAACAACCAUCGUCCAUGGGCUAUUUUCCACCAGUGACUGAACAGCCUCUUCAAAAGCAGAGCUUGUUUUCCAUUGUAGCAGUGAUGAGCAAUGGUGUUUGGGACAUCUGCACAUCGGAAACACACACUUAUCGACUGCAGUUUUCUGAAUUCAAGUAUUUUGCUGCGAUCAAACACUUGGGAGAGAAUGAGAAUGUCACUACGCUUGACAUUGAAGACCUGGAUGUUACCGAUAUGUCAGAUGCAACUAAGCCUGUAAAAAUACUAUACAAGACGAUCCCAAAAAAGAUUCAUCUCAAACGAAACACCUCCAUGGUAUCAUUGAUCUCAAAACUCAACUCGUUUCCCGAAUCAAAUCGCAUCAACAAGGUCACCAGUGUGGUGGCAUGCAAUAUAUGCUGGAAAGCAUCUGCCGACGUCUCGUUUGUGGAUCAAAUUGUCGAAUUUCAAAAGGUGCCUGAGGAAAUGGUCUUUAUCGACCCACCAACACAGUACAUCAAGGUAUUCGCUCACAUUUUGGAGACAUGUUUCGACUACGAACCCAUCUACAGUCCUACACGUGCCGUGGUCAUCUGGGACGGCAUUGAAAUCAUUACCAAUAUUCUAGCAGGCCAGCCCUUGAUCGAGGUCAAGACAUUCAUCCAAAGCAUCGAACUGUACUUGAUUGACGAUAAGCAAGAGCUUGAUAUGGCUGCAGAAAAGCGACUGGAAGGGAAAACCAGUGAUGCACGCAACUAUUGGACCACGCUGGGAUUUGCCAAUGCAUUGUCGAUUCAAAACAUUGAACUCGCAGUAAAGAUCAAGCUGGAUGACCAUGUAGCCGCUCCGCAGACCGACGUUUCAUUGGUCAGUACGGAUAUUUGCAUUGAUUCCAAUGCAGAUUCGUUCCAAACAUUGCUGAAUUUGAUUACAUUUGUCACCAACAACGGAGAUGCAACUAUACCUGCAAAUGCUAUCGCUGCAGCCAAGAGACGCACACAACAGUACACGCGUCCAUCACAAGGGCAUAGUCACUCUGGCCGUCGUCGUCGUCGUCGUCGUCGUUCAAGUCAUGCUGGUUCAAAAGUACAUGCCACCAUUCAAAAGGAAGACAUGCUGGCCAGUAUUGAUGAAACUGCGUUUAAAGCAACUCCGCAAAAGAUAUCGCCACCCACCAUCAUUGACGCACCUGAUAUGGAGGAAUUCAGUCUUGUAGAAGAGUUUUAUCAAACCAGUGAUGAUCCAGAAAACCGGGUCACGAACAAAAAGCCAAUCCUGGUGCCGCCCACCAAACCUCGUCGCAAACAGCAUCGCCAUAAGAGAAGCGCUACCACGGAGGAUAUCAUCCGUAUCUUGACGCCCAUGGAAGACAUGGAUGAACGACUUCAGUUUGAGGUGAUUGAAGAUUAUUUCAGUGUGGAAAAGAAGGCAGCAGCGCCCAAAUCAGUAGUAGACAUUACCAAAGCAAGCCUGUCCUUGCGUGUUGCCAAUGUCAAUGUCAUUUGGAAACUCUAUGACGGUUACGAAUGGGCCUAUGUCAAGGAGGAUAUGGCAGCUAGGGAUUCAGCGGCUGCUGGUGUCCCAACAAGGUCAGAGGAUCGAGACCACCAACAGCAAACUGGAUUCGGUCAGGAUUUCAUAAAGAAGCCAACAAAAUCCAAAAAGAAGCGUACGGGAGAUGCUCACAUUGAGUUUAGGCUGGACAGCAUUGCUAUCGAAUUCGACAUGAUGCCUGAAAAAGACGAAACAGCUUUUUGGUUUCAUUUGCGGAUCAAGGAUGUGGAAAUCAUUGACAAUAUCAGAACCUCUGAUUGGAAAAAGUUUUUGGGCUACAUGCGGUCCGGUGUAGAUCAACGUGAAUUGGAUGAUUGCAUGGUCAAUCUGGAGCUCAUUAGUUUAAGACCUGUCAAAGACGAUCCUCAGCAGGAAUACCGGUUGAAAGCUAUACUGUUGCCUAUUCGACUGUAUGUGGACCAAGAUGCCAUGACAUUCUUGCAGAAAUACUUUUUGUUUGACAAAUCGUAUUUGAGGUCAACGCAUGCUGCUAAUUUAUCAAUUCCUGUAAAGCACGCGGAUGAUUUCUUCUCCUCCUCCUCCUCCUCCUCCUCCUCAUCGUCAUCGAGUGAGUGCGAUCAAGAAAAAGAGCAAGGUGAAGAGGGAGAGAGCAGCGGACAAUCCGACGAUGGAAGCGAGGAUGGGCCAGGCAUGUUUUUCCAAUAUGUCGACAUAUACCCCAUUACACUCAAGGUGGAUUACAAGCCCAAGGUCUUUAAUCUAGGCAACUUUAGAGAAGGACAAGUGAUUGAACUGAUGAACCUGUUUCGCCUGGAUGCUGCAGAAAUGCAACUGAGCCAUAUCAAACUCACAGGCAUCAAGGGCAUGGAUGGGCUCGGGGACAAGCUUGGCAAAGAAUGGCUACCGCACAUUCUCAACACACAAAAGGGCAACAUGGUCUCUGGUGUGUCCCCUGUGCGCUCCAUUGUCAACUUGAGCACAGGCGUGGCUGACCUCGUAUUGCUCCCUCUACAACAAUACCGCAAAGAUGGUCGACUGAUGAAGGGUAUUCAACGAGGCACAUCUUCGUUUGCUAGAGCCACGGCUAUUGAGGCGAUCAAGUUGAGCUCUCGAGUCGCUACUGGCACACAAGUUAUCUUGGAACACGCAGACGGCUUCUUCUCACCUACGACACCGGCACCUCCAGCAACAUCGUCUUCACCCUCCUCGUAUUCUUCAACGCACUUGCAGCAAUUGCAUGAUCAGCACCAACAACAUUUCGUAUACACAGAUGUUCAUGGUGCAGAACUCAGUGCCAUCGAUGAUGACAUUUCACCUGUCAGGGCAGCCAUGUCAUCUCCAGCUGUACCAGCGGCUAUACCUACUGGCUCCAACAAGGGCAAAGAAAAGUAUCGCAGAAGCAUCAGCAGUAGUGGCGGUAGUCCAAGCGAUCUUGCAGAGGGUCUACAGCAUGCCUACCAUAAUAUCAGUAGAAACUUGGGAUCUGCAGCACAGACCAUCUUUGCCGUACCGACAGAGAUUCAAUCAGAGGAUACGCAUGGCGGCGAUGAGUAUUAUGAAUACGGCACUAGUCAUGGUAGCAAUAGUAGCAGAGGGAGUAGUAGCAAUGCCAAAGCUGUCAUUCGUGCUGUACCGGUAGCAGUUAUCAAGCCCAUGAUAGGAUUGACAGGCGCAUUUCAAAGCAUAUUGACAGGACUGAGGAAUUCAAUUGAUCCAGUGAUGAGAUUGCAGAGUGAAGAUAAAUAUAAAAAGCCAAAAUAG